CCGUUAAUAAAAAUUCCACUCUAAGAAUCCCGGGUUAAUCAUGGUCUAAGGACCGAAGCACGGUCAUUUAUUUAAUCGGACCCACCGACCAAAUGUUACUCUGAUGGGUGGUGUUCAAAAAAAAAUGUUACUCUGAUGGGUUAGCCAUUAUAUUUUGAUAGAUCUCCUGGACCCAAAGUAGUCCUAUCCAAUGAUCUAUAUGUUUUCCACAACGUCUGGGUCCAGGCUCGGUGGAUAUUGACCCGGGUCUGUUCUUUUAUUCACGAACACUACCUCCGGUUAGCAGCUCUAUGUUACUAUGUUCUGCCAAUAAUACUCAUAUCUCAAACUUGUUAUUUUGUCAAAAUCACCACAGGUUAUUAGGAAUUUUAUAAAAUCUGUGGCAAUUAAUGGGUUCGUAAUUGUUUCAACCUAAACCCUCCUAACAGAACCCAAAAGAGUCAGUAAUUGGGCUUUAUAGCUCAAAACGGCCCAAUAAAUAGUAAGAGGAGCCGUCGCUCCAGCUGAAUUUAUUUUGGUUUUGAGACUUAAGAGACUAUAUAUUUACAUUUAAGUCCUUAUAUUCUGUUAACAUUUGCAAUUCCACAGUUUUCUCUUUGAGAAUGGCGGGAAUGUGAACUGAACCCUAAUUACCUUUUAUCCUCCAAUGGCCGUAUGGUUUUAGCCUCCUUCGUCUCUCGCCACUCUCACUCUCUUCCUCCUUUGAUCGUCCAUCACUCCAAUCUCUUUCUCCGUCAACGAGGACGAAACCAUCUCCGCCACCGUUGCGUUCGGACAACAUCGGCGGCGGAGAAAAUGCCGAUCGUAGCCGAGUACGCGAAGUCGAACCGCUCCUCCUGCAAGGCAUGCUCGAAGUCAAUCGCCUCGAAAACCCUGAGAUUAGGAUUGAUUAGCAAGGGACCUGGCGGCUUCGACAUGACCAGAUGGCAUCAUUUGAAUUGUUUCCGCACCGAAUCGGAGUCGAUUGCUUCCGUCGACGAUAUCAAAGGCUUAUCCGCGUUAGAGAAAGAUGAUCAAGAUGCGUUGGUGAAAUUGGUGGAACAGUGUGGUGAGCCUGCUAAAGAACAGGUUGAUGAGAAGGAGGAAGAGAUUGAACAUCCUGGUUCAGAUGAGAUAAGUGGGGAGAAGAUUAAGGAGACGAAAGGUUCUUCUGCUUCUUCAAAAGUUAUUGCUGAGUACGCGAAAUCAAGCAGGUCAUCGUGCAAGAAGUGCUCUAAGACUAUUGCUGCAAAGGAACUGAGAUUGGGGCUGGUGACCAGAGACUCUAGGGGAUUCGAUAUGACAAAGUGGCAUCACCUGGGCUGUUUCCCCGUUGAAUCAGAUCCAAUUGAUUCUGUAGAGGACAUUGGUGGGUUUUCAUCACUGCAGAGUGGUGAUCAGGAUGCAUUAAAGGAGUUGGUCCAACAAUGCGAGAACAAGACCUUGCUGACGGAGGAGACAAACAAGAGAAAACAUUCUCAGGUUGGGGAGAUGGUGGAAGAAGAUGAAGUGCAAACCAACACGAGCCAACCGACUACUAGAAAACCUAAGAUGAACACCAGUGAGUCAACUUCUCAGGUCGUAGCUGAAGUAGAAAUCUCUCUUUCAGCUUCUGAUGUGAAGAAAAAGUACAGGGAUGCCAGUCUAUUACCGAAGUGGAAAGCGUUUGAGACUGUAAUAUUCCUUGAGCGGGAUGAUGGUCUUAAUGAUUCGGAGAAGAUAGCUGCAUUUGAUUUUGAUGGAUGCCUAGCAAAAACAUCUGUGAAAAUAGUAGGUGCAGAUGCAUGGUCCCUUGUGUACCCUUCUAUUCCUGAGAAACUACAAAGUCUUCAUAGUCAAGGCUACAAGCUGGUUAUUUUCACGAAUGAGUCCAACAUUGAUCGGUGGAAGAACAAAAGACAAGCUGCUGUGGACUCGAAAAUUGGACGCCUCAACAGUUUCAUCAAGCGCGUGGAGGUCCCCAUUCAGGUGUUUAUAGCCUGUGGAGUCGCAAGUUCUGGUGGUAAAGAUGACCUUUACCGCAAACCCAAGGCUGGAAUGUGGCAACUCAUGAAGAAACACUUUAACUCUGGAAUUGAAAUUGAUAUGGAUAAAUCGUUCUACGUUGGGGAUGCAGCCGGAAGAAAAGGCGAUCACAGCGACGCGGAUAUAAAAUUUGCACAGGCAAAUGGAUUGAAGUUUUACACCCCAGAGGAGUACUUUAUCUCUUGAAGUCACUAUGGAAGAGCUAAACUAUAUUUAGUCUUAUGCGUUCUGUUUGCAACUUGUUUAGUCUGACACGAAUGCUUUUUUCUGAUCAAACUAUCACUCUAUCAGUAUGUGUUUAAUUCAACACUCUUUUGGGAUUUGAUACGACAAAAAAAUGGCAUUACUUGA